CACUGGCAACAUUAUUGCACAUUUACUAUUUUGUUUCAGUUAGUAAACUAAAAAGUUGCGUUAGCAUUAAAACAUUAUGUUAAUUUUUUAGUUGUUCGUGUACAAGAUAUUCCAAGACUAAAACUGCAUUAAAUUUUGGAAAACAAUAGGCCACAAUUGUAGAGUAUGCUACGCUCAAAUGGAUUUGUCAUCAGAUGAGGAGCCCCCUUACGCACACGUAAAUGCACCACAAAAGCUUAAAUUUAAGAAAGUCACAUUCAAAGGUGAGAAACAACAACAACAGGCCGAAUCAAUAGUCACGGCGAGUAGCAGCACCAGCAACUAUAGAAGGCAGUGUAGGUCUAGCGACCGUGUGAGCGGCAGCAGAGAAUUCGCCCAGGAUCGUUUGAAACGCUUGCAAAGCCAUUUAAAAGAAAAGGAACGGGUAAAAAAUGAAGCAACAAGUAACAAAUCAUCACGAAGUCACCAUCAUCAUCAUCAAAGAAAUUCAAUAUCGAGCCGAUUAGCCAAUAGUAAGCCAUCCAGAAACCUUAGAUCCUCCAUUCGUAAUGCCUGGGAGAAACCUCAGGCUCUAAUCGAUGCCAGCAAUCGUGUGAAGAAAUCUAACAGCAGUUUUUCCACCUCUUCAUCAAGUGCCAAUGAACGUUUGCGUCAAUUGAGAGUUUCAUUGCAACAGCAGCAACAACAACACCAGCAGCAGCAGCAGCAGCAGCAGGGGCACCAAAAACAGAAGGAAGUGAAAGGAGAACACUUGAACAGGGAGACCAACAACAACAAUAAUAAAAAGCCACCUCAAAAUGCCGCCCGAACUGAACCUGAAGUUGAACCCGAACCCAUGGAUUGGGAGGAUGAUGAUGUCUCAAUGGCCAUACUCCAAUCACUGCAACGUGAAUCGAAUGACCAAGAUUUACCCGCUCGUCGUCUAGAUCAUAUGUAUUUCAUUCUUGAUACAAAUGUUCUCAUACAUAAUUUGUCAUUUGUCAAAGACUUACCCAAACUGGUGUUGAAUGGAUUAGCUGGCAGUAUGAUCUUUAUACCGUAUAUAGUUAUCAAAGAAUUAGAUAGACUCAAGGCUAAACAUAGUGACAGCGAGAUAAAUCGUGUGGCCGCCAUACGUGCCAUUCAUUAUUUGAAUGCCAAAUUCGAUGAGAGUCGGGAUAUACAAGCUCAAUCGGCUUUAGAUGAGGCAGAUCAUUUAAUUGAUGUGGAUACAGCGGACGAUAGCAUUUUAAACUGUUGCCUUCAGCUAAAAGAGCAGGUGCCAAACUCUAUGCUUCUUACCAAUGAUAAUAAUUUGCGUUUAAAGGCCAAUGCCACGUCCAUACGGGUCUCAUGUAAAUCAGAUUUAAUGUCUGAAUAUCCCGACAUUUUUGAUACGUAGCCGCUCAUCAAAAGUGAAUCAAAUAUAAGACUAUGUCUGUGAUAGGUUAUAUUUAGCAAAUGGAGUACAAUAUGUCUUUCAACAUUGUAUUAAACUACAUUAUUUACAGUCAUUUAUAUCUAUAAAAACAACAAAAAUCACCAUGAAA